GAAGCCUUUGGCGUUCGAAGUAGCUGCUGUGUUUUAGGGGAGCUGAAGAUGAAGCGUCUCCCUUUGUUUGUUUUGUUGGUCGUUACAUUUGCUGGAGGAGGAAACAUGUCAGCGGGGAUGUCUUUAGAUGCAAGAAGCAUGGCGAAAUCUUCAGCAGAUCAUCAGGCCUAUGGAGGCAUUGAGCUAAAUGGCAGAAGACUACAGGAAAGAAGACUUGAUUCUACUAACCGCAAGACAAGGUCCUUGGAAGAUGUCAGGAUCGAUGACUACCGACCUGUUGAUCCAAGUCCAAGCUCCAAGGCAACUAUUGGGGCAGGUCCAAUUGAGCAUGGCACUCCUCUCCUUCCUUAUGUGCCGCGACCUACGCCGCCUCCUGACCAUCCUGCCCAAUCUCCCGUUACUUAGGUGAAAACUGAAUUACUCACCGCACUGGAUAUAUGUGGCCAGAAUCAGCUGUUUUGUGCUGCUAAGUUCAUGUUUGCUAAAGUACCAUUUGCCUCAAACUUUGUUACCAUGAGCAUUUGAGUAGUUCAUGCUUUGUGCUGUGUUUCACUAGUAUAUAUGGUGUUAUUUUACCUUGCUAGUGAUGGAUCAGGUAACUGCUCUUUUGCUCAAAUUCAGAGAACAUACAUUUCGUGAAUCGUUAGGUGUAACUGACAUUGUUAUGUUGUUGUCACAACUGGGACUGAAAUUUUGUGUCCUAGUGA